AUGUCACGGAGUCUCGCCGGGAAAUGGUGGCCGCCAGACGCCCUUCCUUCUAUACUUUCUAUUCCUCCACUCUUUCUUCAGAACGACUGGGAAAAGGAUUUUCAGAAUUUAGGGAUUCAUUUCUCUUCCUUGUCUCUGGUUUGUAAAGAGAAACUUCCUUUGAAAUUUGUCAAACACUUGGAAGAAAUAAUAGGCCGAUCAGUUGUGUUAAUUGGUCCUAGUGGCCAAACUUGGCAUGUUAACUUGAUCCAGGAGAAUGACAACUUGUUCUUCUGUGAUGGAUGGCCAACUUUUGCACGAGACCACGCCCUAGAAUGUGGUGAUUUUUUGGUUUUUAGAUAUGAUAGCGAGUUGAAUUUCAAUGUGCAAGUUUUUGAUCAGAGUGCAUGUGAGAAAGAAGGUGCAUUUCUUUCUCAAUUCAGACAAGAUAACACUGGCCAUAAAAGAGACAGGGAGGAGGAUCAUUCAUCCCAAGAGACACGCGAGCAAGAUGUGACAAAGAAAACGAGGAGCAUUUCUGAUGUAAAUUUAGAUUGCAUCAGGGAGAACCUACCGUCAAUAAGAACUGUUGAGGAUCAUAAAAGUGUAGCUGGUCAGAAUGGGAUCAGUAAAGUUGAUGACAUAACUACACGCGAUAAAAUUCCGGCCUUACCACUAUCAUUUCAGGAUGAAAAGAAAGUUUCCCAGACUUUUAGCUCCAAUUUUCCAUAUUUUGUGAGAAUCAUGAAAAGCUUCAACGUUCGUGGUUCAUAUACAUUGAAUAUCCCUUACAAAUUUUCAAUGGCACAUCUUCCUAGCUGCAAAUUAAAGUUAGUUCUUCACAAUUUGAAAGGGGAAUCCUGGACAGUGAAUUCUGUUCCUACAACGAGAGUGCAUACAAGUCAUACUCUCUGUGGAGGAUGGAUGGCCUUUGUGCGUGGGAAUGACAUCAACAUGGGUGAUAUUUGUGUUUUUGAACUUGUCCGGGAUUGUGAAUUGUGUGUUCACAUCUUCAGGGUUGGAAAGGAAAUGUCUGAGGAUCAAAGUGGAAAUGGAUCUUUUAAUAGGCUAGGUACUGGCCAUGCAGUAAUUCCUCGUAAAGCUCUCAAAGGUUUGCCAAAGAAAAUGAAUGGGAACUCCCAUAAAGUUCAUUCGAAACGCUCCAAAAGGAUUGAAAUACCUGAUAAAAAAUGUUUGAAAUCAUGGCAAGAAUCUUUCUGCAAUGAUACUAAGAAACAUUCUAGUGCAAAAAAGGUGUCUACUAAAGUUAUGGUUUGUUCUCCAUCAAAGAAACCAUCUAAACGUUUGGUUAAUCAGAGAACCAGUGUCAAAGGUGAUCUCAUAUUACCAGCUAGACCUGGUUUGCGAGCAAUGUUGGCACGUGAUGAAGAAAGGGCUGCUAAGUCGUUUGUUUCUUGUUUUCCAAGUUUUGUCAGAAUCAUGAAAAAGUUCAACACAAGUGGUUCAUAUACUCUGAAAAUCCCUCAUCAGUUUUCUUCAGCACAUUUCCCUAACAUCAGAACUGAGAUUGUACUUCGUGGUCCAAAUGGGGGAUGUUGGACUGUAAACUCGGUACCAGACUCAAUGGGGCGAAUGAUGCAUACCUUUUGCGGUGGUUGGAUGUCGUUUGUUCGUGACAAUGGUAUCCAAAUGGGGGAUAUCUGCAUAUUCGAACUUGUGGGCAAGUGUGAAUUGUAUGUACAUGUAACCGGAGUCGGUAAGAAAGGGUUUGAGCUCAGCAGUGAAGCUACAACUUGUAGUGAAUUAGCUAGUGUACCAACGACAAGCAAUCAUCCUUCUCAAUGAUAAGGUUGGUACUCUUGCUCAUUUCUUCUCAAUGAUAAAGUUUCUUCUCCGUUUCAGAAAUUGCUAGAGUUUCCUUUGCUAUUAUAUAAGGUCAUCGGGCCAUCUUUUCCCCCCCAAAUUCUCUUUGGGGCUGAGGACUCUCGAUCAUUACCCGACUCAGACCAAGCUUUGUGAACUCUAACCUUUUGCAAGUCAUGAAAGGUACAAUCCGAUUCCCACAUUGUGCUGUUUACUUGAAUGGAACUAGUGAAUAUGUUCUUAUUCUGCCAGUUUUUUGGAACACAAGAACACAAUUGUACAAUAUCAGAUUCAGAUUCUGUUCAAGCGAGGUGGUUAUGAUGCUAACCUUUUUUUCUUCUUCUAAUCAUCUAAUGUAAUUACAUAUAAAAAAAAGUAUUGCCAAAUUACAUAUUACCC